AUGCCAGGACGUGACGAAACGACAACCGCUGGUCACCAGCUCCAUGUCCUGCCCCGGCAGCUUCCCGUCUUUGACCUGAAGCCUGGUGGAGGUUUGGAAUUGGUAAUGGCUGGCGAAAGAAAGUAUUCGUCAAAAUUUUUGGUGCAGAAGAUGCGUCGCUGGAUGCAUGUAGCCAUCACGUGGAGCUUUAACUCAAGUGAAAACGAUUUCAAGGUGGCCGUGUUCCAGGAUGGUGUUCAGGUAGCCUGUGGAACUGAAGUCUGGGCCAUCAAUGCAGAUUCAGACCUCAGGUUGGGACCUUUCAUGGGAAACCUAUGUGAGUUCCGGACCUGGGCCCAUGCAAAAUCUGCCAGCGAGGUCGAGUUGUCGAUGUACCGCCGUUGUGGUGGCGAAGAGCCUGGCCUCGAGUGUUGUUUGAGUCUUCGCCCGGCGCGCGGCCUGGCGGACUCCACUGUGGACCCGCAAAAGGUGCUGGAAUCUGGACAUGCCUUCUUGGACCGAGGACAGUGUGAAGGUGAUGUAACUUGGGAUGGAGAUUGUCCUCGACAGCUUGUAGACGCGCAUGUGCAGAUACCCGUAGAACCAGCUGCUACAUGCCCAGUUUGUUCGCUGCCGUUUUCAAAUGAGUCGCAGUACUGUCGAGAGUGCGGACAGAAGCGCCCCUUAAAGCAGGCCAAGCCUGAAUUUCAAAAGCUGGACGCAGAUCCGUGGACCGAUGAGAGCCUGCAGCGAGCAUGGACAUGGCUGGACAGCCGGCAUGAAACAGAGGCAAGCCUGCGCCGAAGCCUAGCUGAACACAGGGAAGCUGAGCUUGAACAGCGCCAGGUCCAAGAGCAGCAGCGCAAGGCGUACUUGGAGUUGCAAGAAAGGAGGAUUCAGCAGGAGCAGGAAGAAGCAAAGGCCAGGGAGGAGGAGGCAAACAAACACUUGAUGGAGGUGGACUUGGUACAAAGGCAAGCCGGACCAUCGCUGUUGCGAAGGCUUGCAAGUUGGACGUGCCCAUUCUCGGGCCUUUAG